UCCUAGACGAAGGAAAGGCCUAUGGCGUCCGAGGUCUUUAAUUAAUUUACCAAGAAGUGAUUCUUACGCCGUUAUGGAGCUCGCUACAAGUACGAGUGAAAAGGUCAAGAAGUCGAGAGGAUGGGACACCAUAGUGACAGUUGUGCUGGUAAACGCCAAGAAUAUACCGGUAAUUACUGAGGAUGGACACGUUCAUAACUUGUAUUGUAAAUUCAGAUUAGGUUCAGAAACUUUCAAGUCCAAAAGCGUCCCUGGUUCUAAGCAGCCGGAAUGGCGGGAACGAUUUGAACUACGCAUGUCUGAAGAUCACGAACUUCACAUCUCUUUGUGGGAUAGAGGGAAGCAGAAAAACUCAAUGGGAAGCUGUGUUUUAGAUCUAUCCAGUUUCGAGAAGGAGCGCACCCAUGAGAUUUGGCAGGAGCUAGAGAAUGGUUUCGGCGCGAUACAUUUUACGCUGACGAUGUGCGUCGUCCGUGCACCCGGAACACCUGAAACCAAUGCUAUUGAUCUAUAUGAAAAAAAGCCCGUCCACAGAUUUAGACACGGUUGGAAGAUCGUCGGUGUGUUACACGUCGCGGUAAUCGAGGCAAAGGGACUCACGAGUAAACCAAACGCCUACUGUGUCCUCGAAAUUGACAACGAAAGGGUUCAAACACACAAGGCGGGAAGCAGCGCCGAGCCGAAGUGGAAUAAAACCUAUAUGUUUAACGUGUACGACGUAUCAUCAACCCUGGACAUCAAGGUGUACGACAGUACGUUAAACAUGAUAAGCGACUCAAUCGGCAAAGUCUCAAUACCUUUGCUAAGAGUACAGAACGGUGAGAUGCGAUGGUACGCGCUCAAGGACAGAUCUAAGCGACACAACGCUAAGGGCAACUGUCCCAGGAUACUGCUGCAGAUGUCCUUAGUAUGGGAUCCACUCAAAGCGACGUUAAGGCUGUUCCAACCGAAGGAGGUGAAACACAUCAAGAAACCGCCCAAGUUCGACGUGGGGCUGAUCUACUCCAACAUCCAGUUUGUCACCAAUAUCUUCAUCUUCAUAGAGCAAAAACACGAAGUAUUCAAGCGUCUCUUCGAAUGGGACGACAAGGAGCUCUCUCUCGUGGCGGUGCUAUGCUGGAUCGUGUUCUGUCACUACAUCACGCUGUGGUCGCUGGUGCUGAUGCUGCUUCUGCCCUUCUUCUACUACUGGCUGAUCAACCGACAUCAAGAUCAUAUUCACGACGUAAACAGUACAAAGCAUGAAGAGAAUAAGAAAAACAAAGAAGGCAUUUACGUGACUGGAAAACUACAGGACCUACAGACCAUGACCCUUACCAUCACAAACAGCAUAGAGUUCAUCUCGAGCCACGCAGAAAAAAUACACAAUCUGGUGUCAUUCAAGGUACCUUUCUUCAGUUAUGUGGCGAUAGCUUUCCUGUUGGUCGGUUCUCUGGGUGUCUAUCUGCUCCCAUUCAAUUAUAUCUUAAUGGGUCUUGGAGUAUACAAGUUUGGAAGGAAAUAUUUAAACCCAAGUAGAAUUUUGAAUAAUGAUUUAUUAGAUUUCUUCUCGAGAAUACCGGAUAAUCACUUAUUGGAGGAAUGGAAAGAGCUAAGUGUUCCCGAGCCCAACCAAGACGUGUACGUGGCAAGAAACCUCAAUAGAUCCAUCAGCACCUCAAUUUGAGGCAUCAAUUCACUAAUUAUUGUUAAAUAUUAACUAAACUUA